CCACUCAUAUAUAUAUGGGUACAACCCCAACUCCACCUCCUCCCUCCAACCUUCUCCUUCUUUGUUUGAUACUUCCAGUCCUUCAACUCUUCAGCCUCCUUUUUUUUUUUCUUUCAUAACUCAUAUCCUAUAGACGCAGCAGCCAUGGCGGACGCCGUCCCGGUGGCGUACCAAGGCAACACGUCGGCCGCCAUCGCCGACUGGCUCAACAAGGGCGACAACGCAUGGCAGCUGAUCUGCGCCACCCUCGUCGGCAUCCAAAGCAUCCCGGGCCUCGUAAUUCUCUACGGAAGCAUCGUCAAGAAGAAGUGGGCGGUGAAUUCCGCCUUCAUGGCUCUCUACGCCUUCGCCGCCGUCUGGAUUUGCUGGGUCACCUGGGCUUACAACAUGUCCUUCGGCGACAAGCUCCUCCCCUUCUGGGGGAAGGCCAAGCCCGCCCUCGGCCAGAAGUUCCUCAUCAAGCGGGCGGUCCUCCCGGAGACCGGCCACUACUACAACAACGGCACCAUCGAGACCGCCAUGGCCGAGCCCUUCUACCCCAUGGCCUCCAUCGUCUACUUCCACUGCGUCUUCGCCGCCAUCUCCGUCAUCCUCCUCGGCGGCUCCCUCCUCGCCCGCAUGAACAUCUUGGCUUGGAUGGCCUUCGUUCCCUUGUGGCUCACCUUCAGCUACACCGUCGGCGCCUUCUCCCUCUGGGGUGGCGGCUUCCUCUUCCAGUGGGGUGUCAUGGACUACGCCGGCGGCUAUGUCAUUCACGUCUCCGCCGGCUUUGCUGGUCUCACCGCCGCCUACUGGGUCGGGCCGAGAUCGGUGAAGGACAGGGAGAGGUUUCCGCCGAACAAUGUGCUCCUGACGCUCACCGGAGCGGGGCUGCUGUGGAUGGGGUGGACGGGGUUCAACGGCGGCGACCCCUACUCGGCCAACGUCGUCGCGUCGAUGGCGGUGCUCAACACCCACAUCUGCACUGCCAUGAGCAUCCUUGUGUGGACGUGCCUCGACGUGAUAUUCUUCGGGAAGCCGUCGGUGAUCGGAGCGGUGCAAGGCAUGAUCACUGGUCUCGUAUGCAUUACCCCUGCUGCAGGGCUGGUCCAAGGCUGGGCAGCCAUAGCAAUGGGAGUCCUGGCGGGAAGCAUCCCCUGGUUCACCAUGAUGAUCGUCCACAAGCGCUCAAAGCUCCUCCAGAACAUCGACGACACCCUCGGCGUCUUCCACACCCACGCGGUCGCCGGAUUCGUCGGUGGCCUCUCGACCGGCCUCUUCGCCGAGCCGACCCUCUGCUCCCUCUUCCUCCCCGUCACCAACUCCCGCGGCGGCUUCUACGGCAACCCCGGCGGCGUCCAGUUCCUUAAACAGAUCGUCGGCGCUCUAUUCAUCGCCGGGUGGAACGUCCUCGUCACCACCAUCAUCUGCCUUUCGAUCAAGGUUGUGAUCCCGCUCCGCAUGCCCGAGGAGCAACUCAUCAUCGGCGACGACGCCGUGCAUGGCGAGGAGGCCUACGCUCUCUGGGGUGAUGGGGAGAAGUAUGACUCUUCUAAGCAUGGUGGCUGGUACUCUGAUGACACGCAGCACCGCCAAGCUUCAAGUGGAGUCACACUAAAUGUUUAGGAGGAACAAGGCCUUAAUUUGAAUGCAAAUUGAUGGAGUCCUGAUACAUUGGCACGGGCACGUUUUGAGAAAGCGGGUACCACAUUUCGGUUGAUGCUUCCUUUAGCGUUACAGCUAGCUCUGUAUUUCUCUGUUUAUUUGAUUCGCUUCUCUUGAUAGAUUUGGUUGUGUUAAUAUGGUCGGAAGGAGAAAGAAGAAGAGGAAGGACGGUAUGUUAAUCAACCUGUGAACGUAAUUCGUAUCCACUCUGGGGAUACACUUUGGGUGUACGAGAGGAAGCUGCCCGGUGCACCCUGAACCUGUUAUCUUUUGAGUUUUUUUUUUGUUGUAUUCGUACCUGUAAUGUAUGAUAUAUCUGUUUUAGCGCAGCAGCAGCAGCAGCAACAACAAUAGAAAAACAAAAAAAAGCCCCCAUAAUUCUUACUCC